AUGGAUUUCUCAUCCUCCUCCAAGCGUCCGGCAACAGCCACGGCGGAGUCAGUACAGUUCCGCCUCCUAUGCCCCGCCUCACGAACCGGCGCGAUAAUCGGAAAAGGCGGCUCCGUAAUCCGCCACCUCCAAUCCCUAACCGGCUCCAAAAUCCGCGUCAUCGACGACAUCCCCGUUCCUUCCGAAGAGCGCGUAGUCUUGAUAACCGCACCAACCGCGAAGAAGAAGGACGAGCCAUCAUCAUCAUCGAAUGCAGAGGACCCUACCUCGGAUCAGACGACAGAUAACCCCGGCGAGGAAGCUCCGCCGCCGCCGCCGUCGUCUUCGGCAUUGGUUAGGGUUUUGGAGAGGAUAGUGUUUGGUGACGAGGCCGCGAAUGCAGAGGGUAGUAGUGAGUUAGAGAAAGGGGAGUUUGAAGGUUUGUGUAGGGUUUUAGUGAGAGGGAAUCAAGUUGAUUACUUGAUGAGUCAAGGAGGGAUGAUGAUGCAGAGGAUUAGGGAUGAUAGUGGAGCUACUAGUGUUAGGAUUGCUUCUACUGAUCAGAUUCCUCCUUGUGCUUUCCCUGGUGAUCUUGUCAUCCAGAUAAAUGGGAAGUUUUCGAGUGUAAAGAAGGCGCUUUUGAUGGUUACUAACUGUCUUCAAGAGAGUGGUGCGCCUCCAACAUGGGAGGAGUGUUCAUUUCCGCCGCCUGGUUAUCCUCCUGAUUAUAUGGAGUAUCAUCAUCAGUGGGAUCAUCCUCCUAACCCGAUGCCUGAAGACGUUGGUCCAUUUAACAGGCCCAUUGUUGAAGAGGAGGUAGCGUUCAGGCUGUUGUGUCCAGCUGAUAAAGUUGGAAGCUUGAUAGGGAAAGGUGGAGCUGUUGUUCGCGCUUUGCAGAACGAGACUGGUGCAUCGAUUAAGGUGUCGGAUCCGACUCAUGAGACAGAGGAGAGGAUUGUUGUGAUAUCUGCACGAGAGAACUUGGAGAGACGGCACUCUCUUGCUCAAGAUGCUGUGAUGUGUGUUCAUAAUAGAAUCGUUGAGAUUGGAUUUGAACCUACCGCUGCAGUUGUUGCCAGGCUUCUUGUGCAUUCACCGUUUAUAGGACGUUUGUUGGGGAAAGGUGGUCAUGUAAUAAGUGAAAUGAGGAGAGCGACUGGUGCUAGCAUCCGAGUCUUUGCAAAAGAUCAAGCUACCAAGUAUGAAUCUCAACAUGAUGAGAUUGUGCAGAUCAUUGGCAAUGUGAAGACUGUUCAAGAUGCUUUGUUCCAAAUAACAAGUAGGCUUCGAGAAGCGAUGUUUCCUGGAAGAAUUCCUUUUCCAGGAAUGGGUGGUCCACCUCCUCCGUUCAUGGGUCCGUAUCCAGAACCGCCUCCUCCUUUUGGACCGAGGCCUUAUCCAGCUUCUCCAGAUCGUUACCAUUCUCCAGUAGGACCAUACCAUGAGAGGCAUUGUCAUGGUCCUGGAUUUGACAGGCCACCUUCCCCGAUGUCUUGGACUCCACAGCCACCUAUCGAUGGUCAUCCCGGUGGUAUGGUUCCUGAUGUGAACCACGGGUUUGCUUUGAGAAAUGAGCCCAUUGGCAACGAGAAUCUGCCAAUGACAAGCGCAAAUGUGGAGAUUGUGGUUCCUCAAGCAUACCUAGGCCAUGUCUACGGUGAAAACUGCAGUAACCUGAAUUACAUCAAGCAGGUAACAGGUGCAAACGUUGUUGUGCAUGAUCCAAAGACAGGGACUACAGAGGGACUAGUGGUGGUCUCAGGUACAUCAGACCAAGCUCACUUUGCUCAAAGCCUUCUUCAUGCUUUCAUUCUUUGUGGUCAAAGUUGA